GCGACCGUACGCGACGCCAAGGCGAAGCGACUCGACAAGUUUGCCUCUCCGAGAGUCAUGGUUGUUUCGCCGGGAGUUUCGACGUUGUGCGAAAACCCGGACGAAGUGUUCUUAGACGUCGCCAAGCUGUUGCUCACUUACGCGGACAACAUUUUAAGAUAUCCAAAUGAAGAAAAAUACAGAUCUAUCCGUAUAGGCAAUCCUACGUUCUCCACCAAACUACUGCCGAUCAAAGGUGCGGUGGAAUGCCUCUUCGAGAUGGGUUUCGAGGAGGCUGAAACCCACCUGGUCUUUCCAGGAUCUGCAUCAGUAGAGCAACUGAAACUCAUAAGAGAGUCUAUUGCAGCAGAGAGGGACCAGAGACUCUGUGGUGGGCAGCCAGAACAGCUUCCUCAGCCAGCCAGUUCGUCAGUUUCACCCCAAGAACCUGCUGCUCCCGCAAGCCUACCAACUAUGCCAUCCCCUUCACAAGUAUCAUCAUUGGAGAGCAGCAUGAGCUUCUUUGUGACUCUCCAAACCAAUUUCCAACACGUCAUGCUGUAUGAAAACGCGGAACUGCAGGAGAAAGCCCGGGUCUUAAUUCCUUACCAGGAACUCUCUUAUGCUGCCCAGGUGAAGUUGAAGCAGGCGGAAGAGGUCGAUCCAGAAUGCAAAUUUGGAAAGGAGGAUUUGCUGGUGCUUGAGUUGCUGAAUUGGUUCAAAAAGGACUUCUUCUCAUGGGUGGACUGCCUGCCCUGUAGCCACUGUGGAGGUCCAACCCAGACUUCUGGGGCUCUGAGCCCUACCGCUGAUGACCUCCGUUGGGGAGCACAACGAGUGGAAAGCCACUAUUGUCAAACCUGCCAGCUCUCUACCAGAUUCCCCAGGUACAACAAUCCCGAAAAACUGCUGGAAACGAGGAGGGGGCGCUGUGGAGAGUGGGCAAAUUGUUUUACCCUUUGCUGCAGAGCUCUCGGUCUGGAGGCAAGAUAUGUCUGGGACAGUACAGACCAUGUGUGGACAGAGGUUUACUCGGUCUCCCUGUGUCGCUGGAUACACUGCGAUUCGUGUGAGAACGCCUGUGAUAAGCCGUUGAUGUACGAGAUUGGCUGGGAGAAGAAAUUAGCCUAUAUUCUAGCUUUCUCCAAGGACCAGGUGGUUGAUGUGACCUGGAGGUAUUCUUGUAAACAUCCAGAGGUCUUGUCCAGACGGACCAGGGUCCAAGAGGCCUGGCUGCUACGCACCAUUAAUGGGCUCAAUGCUGUGAGACAACAGUCCCUGAGCCCAGAGAGGAAAAACGAGUUGUUGGAAAGACUGCUAGUAGAGUUGGUGGAGUUUAUAUCUCCCAAAAAACCCAAACCAGGUGAGCUCGGCAGCCGCAUCUCUGGAUCCCUGGCGUGGAGGACAGUGAGGGGGGAGACUGGGGGGACUGUAUCAGGGACCUUAUCACAGGCAUCACAGUAUGUCUUUACUCCCACUGAGAAAGAGAAAAGUGAAAGGUUAUUUCAUCUGCGAUACAUUGCCAACAAGGACCAGUACUGCCGAGUGUCGAACAAUAAUGAGGUUAUUAAGGGCUGGGAGCUGUGUGUAUGGAGGAAGGAGUCAGUCUGCAGGAAGGUGGAAAAUGACUGGCAGAUGGUGUACAUAGCCCGAACAGAAGGAUCCUCACUAGGAAGAGUCAGCUGGAAAUUCAGCUUCGCUCCUGAGAAAAUGAAGAUAAAGGCCAUGUCAGUCAUGGCUAGUGGCCAGACGUUUCAUUCUGGCAAAGUGUCCUGGUGUUUGAGAUCAGGCCAGAAUACUGCAGAGUUUUCUGGAGAUGGGAGAAUGCAGUCAUUCCCAAGUCUUUCCGGCUCUUCAGAGAUCAUCAUUGAAGCAGAACUGAGUGGAGGGGAAGGAGAGUCGUCAUGGCAACACUCUCAGCUGUUCAGACAGAGUUUGAACGAGACAGAGGAAUCCUCGUUCGAAAUCCUCAUACACCUAGAUGAUGCUUGAUGACACAUUUUAGUUAGUCAAGAGCUGGCUAUGUAAAUCUGUUUCAUUAUUAAGUGCUGUGAUUAAAUCAGGGGUAAAUAGGACGGAUCGUUGUUUUUGGGCUUGUAUGAUAAAGAAAUAAGCGCAGUUAGGUUUGUUAAAAUUUUCCAGGAUUUACUAAUGAUCAGUAAAUGCAGCUCUGUACUUUGUCCGUCACGAGAGGUGUAUAUCUUUGUUCUCAAAUUUACCGAAACGUUGUGCUUUCAGACGAGUGAAAUCAAAGUAUCAAUGCUGAUGUAAUUGGUUACAUGCAGUCUGUUGAGUACAUGCAAUUUUAAUCAUAAAGAUUGUAAACCAUUGAAA